GAAUAUAUCGUAACAGCGCACAAGGAACAUAAUAAUAAGAGCAGGGUUCAUCGUUCCUCUAUAACAAAAGCUCCCGAUUCUGAAACUGCGUCUGCAUCACAAUGUAACCUAAGAUUUGGGGAUUGCAAAAGUUUAUCUAAGCAUUGCGGAAUGCGAGAGCAUUGCAAGCAAGACUCUAAAGAGAAAAAAAGAGCUGAAGAAAUGGAUUCGCAAGUGUCCAGGACCUCAAUAGGAAAAAAGCCUGAUGUAAUAAUGACGAUGAUAAAAUAUGAAGUGGCUGGUGAAGAUAUAUUUCUCAAUGUCUUAAUGAAAGGUGCAAGUGGAUAUAAUAGUACUUCCACCUUGAUCAUGCAUGUGAAAUCUCUAGUUCAUUUGUUAUUGACAUUGAGAAAUAUUGAGAUCGUAAACAAAAGUUUAAUGAUUCAGACAUUAUAG